CGGCAUAUAAAGCCUGUGCGCUCCGGAGCUGUCAUCACUGCCGUGGCACCAUGAGCCGCCUCGUGGACUGAGCGCCACCCCGGUCUGCGCCCAUGCCACCGCGGUGCCCGGCUGUGUGACUGCCCCGGCGGCCCGCGGGAUGGUGUGAGCCGCGUGUGCAAAGGGGCUGCGUGUGCUCUCUCCCUCUGCUGCCUUGCUCGCUCGGCAUCUGGCAGGAGGCACGCCAGCCGCCUGGAUGAUCUGAUCCCUUUCCUGCCCUAAAUUACUCCUGCCCAGAUGCGGUGGAUAAUAUUCAUGUUGCUGUUAUUCAUCAACUCCAUGGAAAUGCUCACGCAGACCAGAUGGAAGAAGAGCGGUACGGCGCGCUGCGGUUUGCUUUCCCGCCUAGGUAGAGCUUCGCGGGAGGGUUGCGGUGCUGCAGGGAGGGUGGCCCGCGGCCCCGAGAGAUCCCGGCCUGGGGACGGGUUGGCAGUGAGCACCGGCCUGUUUGAGAACUGCACGGGCUGCAUCCUGUGCACGGAGGACAACGGCUGCGUGGCCUGCCAGCAGCGCCUCUUCCUGCUCAUCUGGAGGAAGGGGAUCCGCCAGUACGGCGCCUGCGUCCACACCUGCCCGCCCGGCUACUUCGGCGUGCGGGGCCAAGAGGUCAACAGAUGCACAAAGUGCACGUCGCCCAGCUGUGAGAGCUGCUUCAGCAAGGACUUCUGCAUGAAGUGCAAGGAGAGGUUUUACCUGCACAAGGGCAAGUGCCUGAGCACGUGUCCACCGAGCACCACGGCCCAGCCCAGCACCCGGGAGUGCCAGGAGACAUGCGAGCUGGGCCCCUGGAGCGAGUGGAGCACGUGCACCAACAAGGGCCGCACCUGUGGCUGCAAGUGGGGCCUGGAGACGCGGGUGCGCGACGUGCUGGGGAGCCCCAAGGAGGAAGAGGAGGAGGCGGCAGCGGGGUGCCCGGGUCUGCUGGAGUCCCGCAAGUGCCGGAUGAGGAAGCACUGCCCUGGAGAGAAGACAGAAACCAGAAGGAGGGUGAAGAAGGCGAAGAAGCAGAAGGAGAAGGAGAAGAAGAAGCAGAGGGAGAAGGAGAAGAAGGCAGACGUGCAGGCGGGCACCUAGCGAGGGGGCAUGCGCGUAGGAGGGGGCGCCCGGCUGGAGCCGCCCCCCAUGGCCGGCUCUGCACCAGCUCUCCCUGCUCCGUCCCUGCCAGAGACGCCCGCACACCCGUCCUGCACGGCGCAGGGCCUGCAAACUGUUUGCUCUAUAGAAAUUCACCUUGCAACGCGGCUGCAGCAGUGAUGUGGGGGCCCCGCUUCAGCUCCCCCAAGGUUGCUCCGGGCAGGGAACCAGGAGCCCCUGAGCCAGGCGCCUCCCCGGGCACAGACCAGGCUGGGGGAUGCCUACUCUGCUCCCGCUCAUGCUUGGCUCAGGGCACGGGAGAGCCGAGCAGCCUCCAGGAGAUGCUCCAGGCCGGCAGUGGUCAGAAGUACCAAGCAGGACACUCGAUGGACCCGGUGCCACCUCCAGCCCCUGGGUCCGUCCCGGCCCCCUGACUGGACUGAUGGGGGACUGGAGCAGGCCUGUGAUGGGCCCAUCCUCCCUGGGCUGCAGCAGCAUUGCCUCCUGCUUGGGACCCAGCCUGUCCAGAUGGGCAGUGCCCGAGCAGGGCGCAGUGCGGGAUGCCGGGGGCUGCAAAGAGCCACCCCUCGUGGGGGCAGCCCGAGGGGAGCGGUCGUGUCUUGAGAGCCGAGCAAAAGGAGGCCACGGAGCCGUCCUGGGCCUGAGCUCACGGCUGCAGGAGGAACGAUGGAUGAGCGGCCUCGAGGCUCCCCUGACAGGCAAGAUCAUGAGGAAUCACCGGCCCAGGGCAGCUGGGCCGACCCCUGAUCCAAGCAACCGCCCCGAUGCCCUGAGCAGAGCCGCCGCAGGCCCCGUGCCCCCUCCCUCGACCCCCUCCUGCUCCCCGAGCCCCCGCAGCACGCCGGCACCGUGCCGCGGCGCUGGCAGAUGACGUUGGGUUGUCUCUACAGUAAAUAUAGUAUCUAUAUGUGAAACGAACCGCUGACUUCGAGAGAGUCGGCGUCUGUAAGGUGGCCUUUCGCUCGAUGGGUUGAGUUUGGUCUUAAGGUUAGUUGUGUUUUUUUUAAAAAGUAUAUUUUUAGCUCCAAACAGAAGCUCUGUCUUUUGCACGUGGCAGGGGGGCUGGGGGGGCCCGAACGCCCCUGCAUUUGGGGCACCAGCAAAGCCUUGCUAGCUUCUCAUUGUAGCGCCGUCAGCCCGUCCGUCGUGUUUCCCGGUGACCGCUGGGCGCCGCUGUCCCACAGCGAAUGCAGCGUCCUCGCUUUCUCCUUCCAUCCAGCGCCAGACAUUCCUGGGCUGCUUAACCGUGAUGCUCCCUCCCAUGCAAGAGGACGGGCACAUCUCCCGCUCCGCCUUUAUGUACCGCAUCCCACAGCGGCUCCCGGGUCUGUUUACUAUGAAAUAAAAACAUGUGAAACCCUC